AAUCUAUUUCUUACAGCCAAACUUUUUUUUUUUUUCGGCCCCUUCAUCGUGUCUGUGGUGUCUAUAAAUCUCGUAAACUGCCUUCCAAGUCCUGAGAAGCUGGCGCCGUAAGCAGCGAGAACAUGGCACUUUCUUCUCACGCCGUCACUUUCGCCCUUCUCCUCUAACAUGCUCUCUCUACAAGAUUGAAAUGGAUGAAACAGUUCAUUGCUGAUCAAAAAGCUUGCUCUUGAUACUCUUGUUGAAGGCCCUUUUUAGUUUUGUUUUCCGGGUUGGUAUUGGAAAAUCCAAAAAUGGCGGGGGGGUUGCAGAGGAAUUUCUGGGUAGCUCUAGUAUGGAUAAUAGGGAUAAUUGGAGCAUUUUCUUGCACUGUGGAGGGUGUGCCGCGACGGAUUCUUUUGGACACUGAUGUCGAUACCGAUGAUUUCUUUGCUCUCUUGUACCUCCUGAAGCUCAACAGAUCAGAAUUUGAACUUGAGGCCAUCACCAUUAACACGAAUGCAUGGACUGAUGCGGGCCAUGCCGUGAAUCAAAUUUACGACAUUCUUUAUAUGAUGGGCCGCGACGACAUCCCUGUUGGUGUUGGAGGGGAAGGGGGUAUACUGGAAGAUGGCACCAUUCUCCCAAACGUUGGAGGAUAUCUACCCAUCAUUGAACAGGGUCUUUCGACAGCAGGAUAUUGCAGAUACAGACAAGCGAUUCCUAUAGGACAAGGAGGCCGAUUGGAUGUCGACUCGAACUAUGGAGUCAGAAAGGCAUUUCUUCCCCAGGGGCACAGAAGAUAUUCACCUCUUCGGCAGCCAACAGCUCAGCAGGUUUUGAUCGAUAAAAUAUCUGAGGGGCCCAUCUCCGUUUUCCUAAUAGGAGGGCACACGAAUUUCGCCAUUUUUCUCAUGAGUAAUCCACAUCUGAAGAAGAACAUUGAGCAUAUUUAUGUAAUGGGUGGUGGCGUGAGGUCGAAGAACCCAACCGGUUGCUGCCCAUCGAAUUCUAGCUCAACUUGCCAGCCUCAGCAAUGUGGCGAUGCCGGUAAUUUGUUCACAGAUUACACCAGCAAUCCUUAUGCAGAGUUCAAUAUCUUUGGCGAUCCUUUUGCAGCUUACCAGGUGAUUCAUUCCGGUAUUGCAGUGACCCUUGUACCUCUGGAUGCAACAAACACGAUACCAAUAAAUAAGGAAUUCUUUGAGACUUUUGAGCAAAAUCAAAGUACUUAUGAGGCUCAAUACUGCUUCCAGUCCUUGAAAAUGGCCCGUGAUACAUGGUUUGACAACCAAUUCUAUACGAGCUAUUUCAUGUGGGACUCCUUUACAUCUGGUGUGGCGGUCUCAAUGAUGAGGAACGGGCAUAAUAAGAACGAGGAGAAUGAAUUUGCAGUAAUGGAGUACAUGAAUAUAACAGUGGUUACUUCGAACGAGCCUUACGGGAUAUCGGAUGGAUCGAACCCGUUCUUCGAUGGCGUCAGAGUUCCAAAGUUUCAUUUAAAAAAGGGCGGUGUGCAUAGCGGUCAUGUACAGACAGGACUUCGCGACCCGUUUUGUAUUGUGAAAAAUAGCAAAGGAAAAUGCAAGGAUGGUUACACAGAAGAGACUACUGGUGCAGAGUCGGUGCGUGUUCUCGUUGCAGCAAGGGCCAAACCUAAUCGGGAUGGCGAGAGCCCACUCAAUAGAGAGUUUUUCAGAAGCUUUUUGGAUGUUCUAAACGACCCUCUACAGACAGGGAGGUUCAACUUCACAACCCAAUUUCCUUACUACAAGCAAGUUCUUUACAAACCAGAUUUGAGGACUAAAAAGCUGGGAAAGCCCGUAAUCUUCGACAUGGAUAUGAGUGCGGGAGAUUUUAUUGCCUUGUUUUAUCUGCUCAAAGUUCCUAUGGAAGUAAUCAAUCUCAAGGCGAUACUAGUAAGUCCUACGGGAUGGGCAAAUGCAGCAACGAUUGACAUCAUAUACGAUGUGCUGCACAUGAUGGGUCGAGAUGACAUUCCAGUUGGUCUGGGUAAGGUGUUUGCACUGAAUCAGUCCGAUGCUGUAUUUUCGUCAGUUGGUGACUGCAAGUAUGUCAAGGCCAUCCCACACGGGAGUGGUGGUUUGCUCGAUUCGGACACUCUCUAUGGAUUGGCUCGUACUUUGCCCCGAAGCCCCAGAAGAUACACGGCAGAGAAUUCGUUAAAAUUGGGAGCUCCUCGAGAUACUGAUCACCCUGAACUCAGGCAACCGUUAGCUCUGGAUAUCUGGAACUCGGUUGUGAGCUCGCUGAAGCCGGGAUCAAAGAUAACCAUAUUGACAAACGGACCUUUGACGAACUUAGCGAAUAUUAUUUUGGCAAAUGAAACUGCAAGCCACUUCAUUCAGGAUGUAUAUGUAGUUGGAGGGCACAUCAACCUCAAUAUCUCUGACAGAGGAAACGUGUUCACAAUUCUCUCUAACAGAUAUGCAGAACUUAAUAUGUUCCUUGACCCGCUGGCUGCGAAGACAGUCCUUGACUCCGACGUAGAUGUGACACUAAUUCCUCUUGGCGCCCAGCGCAGAAUCAGCUCAUUCUCUGAUGUCCUCAAACGACUAGACAAGACAGAGAGAACAGCAGAAGCUCUAUUUGUCUACCGCCUUCUCUCGCUGCUAUGCCAGCUGAAGAAAAAUCACAACAGAUAUCACCAUACGGAUAUAUUCUUGGGUGAAGUCCUGGGUGCAGUGAUCAUGGCUGGUGAUCAUUCCUCUCUAAAACCGACCUUCUCCAUCAAGCCCGUCAAAGUAUUCGCUGAAGGUGUCGAAUCCAAAGACGGGUAUACCUAUAUUGGCAACACCGGGAAAUCAGUGAAACUAUUGGAAAGUGUGGAUCCUCGGGCAUUCUACGACCUAUUUUCACACCAACUUGGCAAUGAGAAGCAGUCUGCUGUGAUAGGAAGCUUCAAUGAGCAGAAAAGAAUGUGGAGCACACCUUCAAAUCGGACGGAAAGUUCAUCGUAACACCCUGUUCUUAUCGACGUUCUUUGACUAUAGGAAACAAGGAGUGUUCAUUUGUAGUCUCGAGAUAGAACAGAUUCGCUAGUAAUUGUGAUUUCCUUCAUAGAAAAAGUUUAAAACUGUCACAUCUCCAAAGUACAGUGUUUGUUGUGCUUGGUUGUCCAUCUCAAUGUAAAGAAAUUUGUAACAUCAAAAGGACAAGAAACAUACGGUUACCAAUACAUGAAUAAUAAUUCUACCAACAUCUAUUUUUGUCCA